GCAGAGGAGGUUACUUUGGGAAGCCGCGCAGCUCGCUCAUCCCAGCCCCGUAGUUCGGAGGGAGUGUGUCAUGUUACAGGGGAGCCACGAUCAGCCAGAGCACAACGUCGCCGGAGCAGCUGAGAAUUAUCUCUCUCUAAUGGGGACUUUCAUGUGCGAGCUCCUGGCCAGUCUGCGAAGGAACUGAAACUGACAGCUUAGAAAGAAUCAAAAACUUACCAGCGAACCAAAAGACUGAAAUACAGGAGGAAAAAAAAAAUCUUGAUCAGAUUAUUUUUCCCCCCCUCGCACUCUUUGCUGCAGUUGGAUCCCUUUUUUCUGCACCCCUUUUAUGACAGGGAGGGAAUGUUGGAGGAGAAGAGCUGGAAAGGCGUCGACGAAGCAGCUUUUGACAGGGGGUGUGUGGCUCCCCCCAGGAGCGGCGAUGGGGAGCGAUGCUGCCGCCUCCCUCUGCUGCUGGGCUCGGGGCUGCCCGGCGUGUCCCUGCUCUCUCUGGUGCUCAGCCUCCUGCUGUACUUUCGGACCUCCGACCUGCAGUCCCGCGUGUCCCACUUGGAAGCGGACAGACCCACACAGCUCCCUGCCUGGCUCUCAGCAGACCAAAUGGAGACAGCUAUUUUGGGAAGAGUUGACCAACUGCUCAAUGAGAAAUUAAAGUUCCACUUGCCAAGACAUCGAGAAGUCCGAGACACACACCAGCGAUGCAACUGCCCGGCAGGUCCACCUGGGGACAAAGGUGCGAUGGGAAUCCCUGGGCGGCCGGGACUAAAGGGGCAAUCUGGAGAGAAGGGUGCUCCAGGAGAAGCUGGCAUGUCCAUCAUCGGGCCCCGUGGCCCGCCCGGACAGCCUGGAACAAGAGGUUUUCCUGGAUUCCCGGGCCCUAUUGGCUUGGAUGGCAAACCGGGGCAUCCUGGACAGAAAGGAGAGAUGGGUGCUGCAGGUCCCAGGGGACAGCCUGGACCCCCAGGACAAAAAGGAGAGAAGGGUCAGUGUGCAGAGUACCCGCACAGGCUGCUGCCUCUCCUCAAUUCAGUGCGGCUGGCUCCACCUCCGGUCAUAAAGAGACGCACUUUCCAGGGUGAGCAAGGCCAGGCAGGGAUCCAAGGUCCCCCGGGGCCCCCUGGCCCACCAGGGCCCCCUGGACCAGCAGGACCCGAAGGAAUCCCAGGACGUCCUGGGCCAGUUGGACCCCCUGGCAGAGCAGGAGAACCUGGAAAGCCUGGCAGAGAUGGAAAGGGCUUACCUGGGCCUCCUGGACCAAAGGGAGAUGCUGGGAUUCAGGGAUACCCUGGCAGAAAGGGUGAGGUGGGUGAGUCAGGCCUGCCUGGUGCCCGUGGCCUCCCUGGAGCCUCUGGCCCCAAGGGUGAAAAAGGGGAUGCUGGCAUAAAGGGGGAGAGAGGCAUGCCAGGGCUGCCAGGAAGACAUGGCUCUAAGGGCGCUCCCGGGCUGGCGGCCGCAGGGAUGAAGGGCGAGCCUGGGACUCCAGGAGAAAAGGGAGAUUCUGGAGUGCCAGGGAGGAUGGGCCCCCCAGGUUUGCCAGGGAAGAGGGGGCAGCGGGGUGAGAAGGGACAAGCUGGUGACCCUGGAAUUCCUGGACUUCCUGGCCCAAAGGGAGAGAAGGGAAUUGCUGAGAAUGCCUUGGUGGGAGCUAAAGGAGAACCUGGCCCCCCAGGUCUGCCUGGACCCCCUGGACCAAAGGGAGAAGCUGGUGACAUUGGUCAGCCUGGUGCUGCAGGAUCACAGGGAGAAAAGGGGGAACGUGGUUCACCAGGAGUCCAGGGACCCGUGGGCCCAAGGGGCCCCAAAGGAGAGCCUGGGAAGGAUGAAAUGAUGGACUAUGAUGGGAACAUCAGUGAAGCUCUGCAGGAAAUACGAACUUUGGCCUUGAUGGGACCCCCAGGACGUCCAGGUGUGGCUGGGCCUCCAGGGCCACCAGGACAGAAGGGUGAAAUUGGCUUGCCAGGUCCUCCAGGCCACGAUGGAGAAAAGGGACCACGUGGCAAGCCUGGAGAAAUGGGCCCCCCUGGGCCUCAGGGGCUGCCAGGGAAGGAUGGACCUCCUGGGAUGAAGGGAGAGCCAGGCCACGCUGGGGGCAGAGGAGAGAAGGGUGAGAAGGGAGAGCCAGGCCAAGCAGGCUCCCCGGGUUUAGAUGGCCCCACUGGAGAGAAGGGAGAACAAGGUGACCAAGGGAUGCCAGGACCAUCAGGAUUGCCAGGGCCCAUUGGACUUCCAGGAUUGACAGUAUCUGGGCCCCCUGGACCCCAGGGCCCUCCAGGACCUCCAGGUCUUCAGGGUGUCCCAGGACCCAAGGGGGAAGCAGGGAUUGAUGGAGUGAAAGGAGAGAAGGGUGCCCAGGGUGAAAAAGGAGACAGAGGGCCACUGGGAUUACCCGGUGCUUCAGGCUUAGACGGCAGGCCUGGACCAGCGGGUAUUCCAGGACCAACUGGGGCUUCGGGACCAGCAGGACCAAAAGGAGAGAGGGGCAGUAAAGGAGAUCCUGGAGUUGCAGGACCAAUGGGGCCAGCAGGGCUUCCUGGUUUACAAGGUCUACCUGGUGACAAGGGAGUCCGGGGGGAGAGGGGCAAGAAAGGCUCUAGAGGGUCUAAAGGGGAUAAGGGAGACCAAGGAGCACCUGGAUUAGAUGCACCCUGUCCGUUGGGAGAAGAUGGCCUUCCAGUUCAAGGCUGCUGGAAUAAGGGUCAAACUCCUUGGCUGAUAGCCAGAAAGUGAGUCUGAGGGUGCAGAAGCUUGGGAAAUGGCAGCAGAGGGAAAGGAGAAGGAGGACCUUCCUGAAGAUUUGCCGGAGAUGUUUUGCAAGUUGCCUCCCAGGAGCUUGGGAAGAGUUCCUCAGCAGUGCACCAGGAAUGUGUGCCCAGAUGCUGGGCCUGCAGGAGCUCGGCGUGCCAGCACUUUCUGCUUUGCUUUCUGUUUUCUCCCAGAGGCCAGUGGCAGGGGUUGAGAAUGGCACCAUUUAUAUUCUUUUUCUUUGGUCAUUUUCACUUCACUCUACUAUUGUGGUCAGACUUUUCAGAUGAAGAAUUAGGCUCAUUUUCCAGCAGCAGCUACAUAAAUGAGUGCAAGACAUAGACAGUAUUUCUGGGAGGGGAUCCUUUGAUCCAAGAAAGAAACCCUUCUUGAACAUUUCUCUUUAGAAAAGCAGAGAAACCCCAGAACUGUGUUCAGUUCAGAGUGCUGCUCAGAGAGGAUGUGAUAACAUUUUUUGCUACCAUUUCUGGUUACCAGGUGACAAACUUCCACCUGUAUCAUUGAUAAUUCCAUCUUUAACCUUUUCAUCACAAACUUUCUUCUCCUGUUUAAUUAUAAGGAAAUGACAUUGCUUUGUUUGGGUUUUCUAAAACCAUACUGGAUUCUGAAGGCAUGACAUAUGUUGUCAGAAGAGAAAAACGUGGAGUGUGGAUAAAAUCUGGUUUCACUGACUAAUUCCUUUGCUUCCUGUACUUGUGCUUUGGUCUCCACUGCACCCUCUGGGUGUACUUUGUCUGGAGCCCUCCAGAAAUGUUUUCUGCUGGCCCAUUAAGGCCCUUUUGUGGGUGCAUCUCCAAAGAUGUACAUCCAGAUGGAAAAGAAGGAUUACAAAGGUUCAAUUCCACUGUUGCAUGUUUUAAUAUGUUCACUAAAGGGAAAUAACGAUUUGGCAAAGCGCUGAGGGGUUCAGAGGACGUUUCCCAGCCUGAAGGGCAGAAUAUACAAUCCUGGAUACUUCUUCCAGCUGCCAUGCAAACCUGGCAUCCUUUACUCGGCCCCCACUGCUGAAGGUUAGCAUGUAAGCUCAAGUAUCUUUCCACCACAGCAAUUUAUUUUAAAGAACUCCAAAUUUAAAAUAAGUACCUAUCUUUUGAACAUGACAAAACAUCUCUAAUUCCCUGAGUGCAUUGCGAAUCCGGUUGCCCAAGAACGAAACCACAUAUUUAACUUUGAGGGAGCGAUUCCCUGCUGGCCUAAAGGAUGCCAUUUGCAUAUUGAAAUACUUGGGUGAGCCAGGGCCAUUGUUAUUAGAGCUAAUGAAUGAUAUUAUCUCAAUCAUUAGACAGAUCCAAGUGCUAAGCAGUUCACAUUACAGCUGGGGAGAAAGUGCUGAUUUCAUGCUCAAAGGGGUGCCAUUAACCCAGAGCAAUCCUAGAUUCAAACACUUUGUCAGCACAAGUGGAAUCAUUCUGAUCUUCUGAUAAGGACACCUGUACCUGACACCCAUCUCCUCUCUCCAACGCACGGAAAGUCUACUGUUAAAAUAAGUCCAGGUUUGCAAAGACUGGGGGAGAGUCCUACUUUGAUGUUCAUCUGAAGAAUUGCAGGUUUUUUAAUUGAGAUUUCUAACAGAUGUGUUCAGGAAAUAGAGUAGUGG